AUGAUCAGGCGAUUGUUUUUUGUUUUCUUAUUGAUCCACUCCGUGAUAGCACAGAAUUCUUCAAAGAAACCACCUGCAAAGAAAUGGUUGACUCUAAAUGGGGGUGAGCCUGUUGUAAUAGCUCGUGGCGGAUACUCGGGACUUUUCCCUGAUUCCAGCCAGUUUGCAUAUCGAUUUGCGGCAUCAACAAGCUUGUCCAAUGUGAUUGUUUUCUGCGAUCUACAAGUUACAAAAGAUGGGAAUGGUAUAUGCCAGACAAGUUUAACACUCGAGAAUUCAACAACUAUAGCACUUGCCUACCCGAAAAGGAAACAAACCUACGAUGUGAACGGAAAGGAUGUUAGCGGCUGGUUUGCUUUGGAUUUUACAUCCAGAGAGCUGUUCAAAGAUGUAUAUUUGACACAAAACAUAUACAGUAGAUCAAGUUUGUUUGAUGGUAUGCUGCCUUUGUCCACUGUUCAAGAUGCAGCAUCACUUAAGGGCCCUCAAUUUUGGUUGAAUGUUCAGUAUGACACUUUCUAUACUCAACACAAACUAAGUGUAGCAACAUAUGUUGAAAGCGCUUUGAGAAGUACUGCUAUACAUUACAUUUCAUCUCCCGAGAUUGGUUUCUUGAAGGCCAUAGGUGGAAAAGUAAAUAAAGCCCGGACAAAGCUCAUCUUCCGGAUCCUAAAGGAAGAUGCAGUUGAGCCCACAACCAACCAUACAUAUGGUUCAAUAAUAAAGGAUCUUUCCAUGAUCAAGUCAUUUGCAUCAGGAAUUCUUGUCCCAAAAGAACAAAUAUGGCCUGUGGACAUCAAAUUGUACUUGCAGACUGCCACUAGUCUUGUUGAAGAUGCUCAUAAAGAAGGUUUAGAAGUCUAUGCUUCUACUUUUGCAAAUGAUAUUUUUGCAAGCUACAAUUAUAGCUACGAUCCUACAGCUGAGUACCUGCAGUAUAUCGAUAACUCCCAGUUCUCUGUUGAUGGGUUGCUUUCAGAUUUCCCUUCCACUGCAUCAGAAUCCAUUGCAUGCAUUGCUCAAAACAAGAAUGUCACCUUGCCUAUCAAAGGAAGACCUUUGAUCAUAACCAACAAUGGAGCUAGUGGACUAUAUGCUGGCUGCACAGAUCUUGCUUAUCAGCAAGCCAUAGAUGAUGGCGCAGACAUAAUUGAUUGCUCAGUUCAAAUGUCGAAAGAUGGAGUUGCCUUCUGUUUGAAUUCAGCAGACCUCGCAAAAGAUACUACCGCGCUGAGUACUUUCAUGUCAAGAUCCACCAAGAUUCCUGAAAUUCAGAACAUCAAUGGAAUUUUUUCAUUUGAUCUCACCUGGAAAGAAAUUACAACCCUAAAGCCUCAAUUAACAAGUCCUUUACCGAAUGAAGGCUUGCAAAGAAGCCCUGCAAACAAGAACAAGGGUAACUUCGUGACUCUUUCAGCAUUUUUAGAAAUCGCCAAGACAAAGGCAGUUACUGGAAUUUUGAUCAAUAUAGAGAAUGCUGCCUACCUAGCAUCAAAGAAGGGUCUCGGCAUAACAGAUGUUGUUGCCACUGCCUUGAGCAAUGCCACCUUCGACAAACAAUCCACUCAGAAAGUUUUGAUCCAGUCAGAUGACAGUUCAGUGCUGUCCAAAUUUAAGAAUGUCUCAACUUACCAAAGAGUAAUGUCCAUUAAAGAGCAAAUAAGUGCUGUUACCAGUCAGAUAGUGGAUGAAAUCAAGAAGUAUGCCGAUGCAGUUACUGUCCAGAGAUCCUCCAUCAUUGCAACUUCUCAAUCCUUCACCAAAUAUAACACAAGUAUCGUUGAGAGUAUGCAUAGAGGCAAUGUUUCAGUCUAUGUGUCUGUUUUGAGGAAUGAAUUUAUCACUCUCGCGAUUGAUUUCUUCUCGGAUCCUAUGGUGGAGCUUGCCACAUAUUCAGAAAUUGGUGUUGAUGGGAUUGUGACAGAAUUCCCAGCAACUGCCACUGCUUAUAUAAAAAGUCCAUGUUCCGACUUGAAAGCCAAUUUAUCAUAUUCCAUCUUACCAAUACAACCAGGUUCUCUGCUCAACUUAGCUCCACCAGAAGUACUGCCACCGGCAGUAGCCCCUGCACCAGCCCUCAAUGUCGCGGAUGUUGUUGACCCACCUCUUCCUCCUGUUUCCAAUGUCUCCCCUCCAGCUCCAACGCCUGCUGCUGCCGGUGAAGGUGCAGGUGCUACACCUGGACCAGCUGAGAAACCAGGUUCAAGCAGUCCCAAGAACAUUGCUAAUAUAGCUCUUUCUCUAGUGGCAAUAAUGUUGCUUAGUUUACUUUCAAUGGGAUAGAAAUCUUUUUGAUCUGUUUACUUCCAUUGGGAUAUUAUUGUAACUAAUUAGU